CAGGCUGCAGGGUGUCGGAUCCAAGAUGGCGCCGUGCGGACGUGUCCGGAGCCCCUGGCCGGGCCCGCUGGCGCUGCUGCUCCUCUCGCUCUCGCUCUCGGCCGCGGAGCCGGCCGCAGGGGGGCCCGGGCUGGGCGCGGCAGGCCAGGGCGGCCAGCAGCAGGUCCCGGCGGGCGGGCCGGGCCCCGGGGGGCGGGGGCCCCGCGGCGGCGGCGGCGGCUCCAGCGGCGGGUGGAAGCUGGCGGACGAGCCCGCCUGCCGCGAGGACGUGAAUCGGGUCUGCCCCAAGCACAGCUGGGCCAACAACCUGGCCGUGCUGGAGUGUCUGCAGGACGUGCGAGAGCCGGACAAUGAAAUCUCUUCAGACUGCAACCAUCUGUUGUGGAACUACAAGUUGAACCUGACUACAGACCUGAAGUUUGAAUCCGUGGCCAGAGAGGUCUGUAAGUCCACCAUUGCAGAGAUCAAAGAAUGUGCAGAUGAGUUAGCUGGGAAAGGCUACUUGGUGUCCUGUUUGGUGGACCAUAGAGGUAACAUCACUGAAUACCAGUGUCACCAGUAUAUCACCAAAAUGACAGCCAUCAUCUUCAGUGAUUACCGUCUGAUCUGUGGCUUCAUGGAUGAUUGCAAGAAUGAUAUUAAUGUCCUCAAGUGUGGCAGCAUUCGACCUGGAGAAAAGGAUGCGCACUCACAAGGAGAGGUGGUGGCCUGUCUGGAGAAAGGGCUGGUAAAGGAGGCAGAGGAGAAUGAUCCCAGAAUUAAGGUUUCUGAUGAGUGUAAGAAAGCAAUUCUUCGUGUGGCUGAACUCUCCUCUGAUGACUUCCACUUGGACCGACACCUGUACUUUGCAUGCCGCGAUGACCGGGAACGCUUCUGUGAAAAUACUCAGGCUGGAGAAGGCCGGGUUUACAAGUGCCUUUUUAACCACAAGUUUGAAGAAUCUAUGAGUGAAAAGUGUCGUGAUGCACUGACAACCCGUCAAAAGCUGAUUGCUCAGGACUAUAAAGUCAGUUAUUCACUGGCAAAAUCCUGUAAAAGUGACCUGAAGAAGUACCGCUGCAAUGUGGAGAACCUUCCCCGGUCCCGGGAAGCCAGGCUUUCCUACCUGCUGAUGUGUCUAGAGUCUGCAGUGCACAGAGGUCGCCAGGUGAGCAGUGAGUGCCAGGGUGAAAUGUUGGAUUACCGGCGCAUGCUAAUGGAAGACUUCUCGCUGAGCCCAGAAAUCAUUCUUAGCUGCCGAGGGGAGAUUGAACACCACUGCUCAGGGCUGCAUCGGAAAGGGCGUACUUUGCAUUGCCUGAUGAAAGUUGUACGUGGGGAGAAGGGAAACGUUGGACUGAACUGCCAGCAAGCGCUUCAAACUCUGAUUCAAGAGACUGACCCUGGUGCAGAUUACCGCAUUGACAGAGCUUUGAAUGAGGCUUGUGAAUCAGUAAUACAGACGGCUUGCAAACACAUACGAUCUGGAGAUCCAAUGAUUCUGUCAUGCCUUAUGGAGCACUUGUACACUGAGAAGAUGGUAGAGGACUGUGAACACAGGCUCCUGGAGCUCCAGUACUUUAUUUCUCGUGAUUGGAAAUUGGAUCCAGUCCUUUAUCGCAAGUGCCAGGGAGAUGCUUCUCGACUCUGUCAUACCCAUGGCUGGAAUGAGACUACGAGUGACCUGAUGCCUACAGGGGCUGUCUUUUCCUGUUUGUACAGACAUGCCUACCGCACAGAGGAGCAGGGAAGGAGGCUGUCACGAGAGUGCAGAGCAGAAGUACAACGAAUCCUUCACCAGCGUGCAAUGGAUGUGAAGCUGGAUCCAGCCCUCCAAGACAAGUGCAUGAUCGAUCUGGGAAAAUGGUGCAGUGAAAAAACAGAGACAGGGCAGGAACUUGAAUGCCUCCAGGACCAUCUUGAUGACUUAGUGGUUGAUUGCAGAGACAUAGUUGGAAAUCUUACUGAGUUGGAGUCUGAGGAUAUUCAGAUUGAAGCCUUGCUGAUGAGAGCGUGUGAGCCCAUCAUUCAGACGUUCUGUCAUGAGAUGGCAGAUAACCAGAUAGACUCUGGGGACUUGAUGGAAUGUUUGAUUCAGAACAAGCACCAGAAGGAGAUGAAUGAGAAGUGCGCCAUUGGAGUCACUCACUUCCAGCUGGUUCAAAUGAAGGAUUUCAGAUUCUCAUACAAAUUUAAAAUGGCUUGCAAGGAAGAUGUGCUGAAACUUUGCCCCAACAUCAAAAAAAAGGUGGACGUGGUGAUCUGUCUAAGCACUACGGUACGCAAUGACACACUGCAGGAUGCCAGGGAGCAGCGAGUGUCUCUGAAGUGCCGCAAACAGCUGCGCGUCGAGGAGCUAGAGAUGACGGAGGAUAUUCGACUGGAACCAGAGCUGUAUGAGGCUUGUAAGAGUGACAUCAAGAACAAUUGCCCAAAUGUGCCCUAUGGCAAUGCACAGAUUAUUGAGUGUUUGAAGGAAAACAAGAAGCGUCUGAGCAACCGGUGUCACCAGAAAGUGUUUAAACUGCAGGAGAAUGAGAUGAUGGAUCCAGAACUAGACUACACACUCAUGAGGGUCUGCAAGCAAAUGAUCAAGAGGUUCUGCUCUGAAGCAGAUUCGAAGAACAUGUUGCAGUGUCUGAAACAGAAUAAGAACAGUGAGGUGAUGGACCCUAAAUGUAAACAAAUGAUCACCAAGCGACAGAUCACACAGAACACAGAUUACCGCUUGAAUCCAGUGCUCAGAAAGGCCUGCAAACAAGACAUCCCCAAAUUUUGCCAAAAUAUUCUGAGUACGGCUAAGGAUGAUGCAGAGUUGGAGGGGCAGGUCGUCUCCUGCCUCAAGUUGAAAUAUGCAGACCAGCGUCUGUCUCCAGACUGCGAGGAUCAGAUCCGAGUGAUAAUCCAGGAAUCUGCUCUUGAUUACCGGCUAGAUCCCCAGCUGCAAAUGCACUGCUCUGAUGAGAUCUCCAGGUUGUGUGCAGAGGAAGCAGCAGCGCAGGAACAGACUGGGCAGGUGGAGGAGUGCCUGAAAGUUAACCUGCUCAAAAUUAAACCUGAGAUGUGUAAAAAGGAGGUGCUCAACAUGCUGAAGGAGAGCAAAGCAGACAUAUUUGUAGAUCCAGUGCUUCACACAGCCUGUGCCCUAGACAUCAAACACCACUGUGCAGCCAUCCCACCCGGAAGAGGACGUCAGAUGUCUUGCCUAAUGGAAGCUUUGGAAGACAAGCGUGUGAGGUUACAGCCUGAAUGUAAGAAACGCCUUAAUGAUCGGAUUGAAAUGUGGAGCUAUGCUGCGAAGGUUGCCCCAGCAGAAGGCUUUUCUGACCUUGCUAUGCAAGUGAUGACUUCUCCGUCCAAGAACUACAUCUUGUCUGUUAUCACAGUCGGCAUCUGUGUACUCUUCCUGAUUGGCCUCCUGUGUGGACGCAUCACCAAGCGGGUGACACGAGAGCUCAAGGACAGGCCACUCUCUGGUUGGGACCUGGGAUACACAGGUUGAGGGUGUGGUUCAAAUGUGGCAGUGUUGCACGAGAGUCAGCAUGUACAGUAAGAUAUAGAUAAAUAUAUUUUAUUAACCUGUUAGAUGUGUUCUCCUAUGCGUGCUGGAAUAUAAAUCAUGUGCCUAACACUGUCCAACUAGGCUAAUGCUUGAUCGAUAACUUUCUUUUCCUGCUCCCUGUUAUUGCACCGCUAAGUAAUUUCUGAAAUUUCCAGUGUUAUGUAUCGAUCUGAUACAAGGUGGAGGCAUUUCUGGAUGUGGACCAGCUGAUUCUAAUCAUGCUAUGUAAACAGACUGAUCUCUAAAAAUACUGUGAUUGCUUUUGCAAAAUGCUAGAGAGGGGUACAAAGUUAGGUUUUUGGUAACAUAUCUCUUCACCAUACCACUUUGAAGAUAGAAAAUAAACUAUUUUGAGACCCAGUCUUAGUAGUAUGGUGAUGACAGACUAGAAAAGCUCAUGUGAAAGACAAUGGUUGGUGUCUGGAGUCGAACUAUGAGAGGCAAGGGACUGUACACACUGGUCAGGAGAUGAUGGGAGAACCUGGGCGGUGGAGUAGGUUCCGUAGAAGAGAUCUGAUGUGCUGUAGGGUUCCAAAUGGGUGACAUGUAAGUCAUCCAUGGAACAGAAACGGAGCCUAAAUUCCUUCCCCCACCUUGCCCAAUGCUACUUGUGUGGUUUCCCUGAUUCUGCAGGAGUGAAUGAAGCUGAGGGCCAGGAAGGCGAUGGCAGAUCCCGUCAUUUGCUUGAAGUGUAAAAGGGUGACACACAAGUGUGCGUGUGGCAGUUGCAAAAGCGCAUGGUUUCACCUCUCACUCGAAGUGUCAUUGCAACACUUUGUAACUGUCGGGGCAGCAGGUCAGACAAAUGGGGUGGAUUCAAAGUGCAGGAGGAGAGGGAACAAGAUUGUACAUUCUCCCCAGUGCACAGUCUUGCUUCUUUGGCAAUCCUAGCACUGCUUACGUUUUGCUAAGGCAAAAUUGAAUUGCCAUCCAGAGACUUUGUAUUUGUGAGGGAGCAUUUGCUACCUGUUUAACUUGAAGAACCCAACUGAGGAGGUGUAAAAUACAUUGACUAGCAUCUUCUGGUGAAUCCCAAAUGUAAUUGUAGUGAAAUACUGUAGAUGCUUUGUCAGCCGUGGUUCUGGCUGUGAAUCUUGGUGAGGGAAGAAGGGAAAUGCUGUUUGACUUUCCAACUGAAGUUCUGUAUCCGAGUAGGUUAGGACAUGGGAAGACUUGAUUUCCUGCGUUUUCCAUUGCAGUAGACAUGAGAGGAAUGUUAAAGGCAAAAGACUAGUCAGCUGUGUAGUGUAGAUGGUAAGAACAGAGCGGACAUUGUUCUGUGGAAUGCAGGGUCUCUUCUAGCCAGUCUCUGUAUGUGUGUGCGCUCAAUUUGAAUGCAGUAUUGUCUUGUUACUUUAACCAACUGCAGUUAUCAGCCCUGCAACUGUGUAUUGCUGAGACCUUCCUCGUACCCAGGUGCGUCUCUUGCUAACUAGAUUGUGCAUUGGUAUGAAGCCUUCACUAAGCAAACCCCAAGCAGCAACUGCACUUUCUGGAUAUUGCAUUGAGCAUCUACCUGGUGUUUGCCUUCAAAAUUUCAUCCUGGGACUUAGUUUCAGAUGUAAGUGGACAAUGGAGCUGCUGUCAGUGGGGGAAGUAGGGGAAGCAGUUUAAUGAAGCAGGAAGGUGUGACAUGACAUAUGUUUCUGGGUGGUUCCCUUCUGUAAUGGCAUGGUCAGAAGUGCAAUAAUGCACAGGCCCAAGAAUCCUGUUGGAACUACAAAAGGGGAUAAAAUAAAAUCAAGAGAGACCCAUUUCUUGCAGGGAACUGACAUGGUUAGGACUGGGCAAAGAGAACUUUGUCACUGGCUUCCACAGUUUUAGCCAUUUCACGAUCAUUAAGAUUUACACCCAAUUCACCACCUUACAAAUGGGCCCCCCUAACAUAUUGCCAUGCCAAACACAAUGACUCUGGCAUAGGAGCAUCUUUUUAGGGAGACUAGAAAUAUUCCAGUACAGUGUGUUAGAAAUGCCAUCCUAGCCAUCAUAGCAUGUAAGGGCCUGUGCAGAACAGUGGGAACUGCUGCCUUCUUGAAUUUAGGGAGACUUUUUACUUUGAUUUAAUGAGAACAUUAGAAAUACUUGGGAAUCAACCAUUUCAGAGGGGACUUGGUGGAAGGUGGCUUCUAGAUCUGAGGCCUCCUUGUCACUUCCCUACUCUUAGCCCUAAUGUUCAUCAUUCCCCUCCACCAUUGACUUAACCGUCACCCUUCAGUUCAGGGAGGCUGCCAUCCAUUCCAUGGAGAAUACUGUAAAUGUCCGUCUUUCCCGUGGCUAAGCAUUCCUUCUUGGGGGCUUGUUCUAGAUAUUGUAGAGCUGAUGCUCCUGGGAAUGGCUUGACUGGAGUAUCCAAGGGGGGAAAUAACUCUUAGUAAGGAGUGCUCCUCUACACCCUGCCUUCCUCUUCUGCUCAGAUGCCUAAUGGUACUUUCUGAGCUUAUUCUCACUAGUCAAGAUCAUGUGUUUGGAUAACAUGGGAAGGAUUGUGCAUCCCAGGCCCGUGCAUCUCAGUACUUCACUCUAGCUAACUAGGUGGUGGUGGUUUGCGUGUUCUUGUAACAAAAUAGCCUUAUUUAUUGUUUACUAAUGGGUCAAAUCCAAAUCUUUUGAUUUUUCUUUCUUGUUGCCUUUUGGUUAGCUUUGUCCCUGAGUUUUCUUGCCUCCCAGAAAAUCACUUUUCAUAUGCAGGUGGCUGCAAUUAAGGGUGAGGCCAGGAGCAGCAUUCUUUCUCAUGCUUUGCAUGAAACGUGUGUCCCUCUCCCUCUGCUGCUGCAGAAGGGCUGAAAGACCCUACUGAAGUUAGAAUAAUUCUCGGCAAGGUCCACAUGUGAGGAUUCCUUCCAGAGUCUGGCACGUGUGAUCCAUGCAAAUAUGAUGAUCUUGGCCCUGAGUGAGACUCUUGUGAGCAUGCUCUGUGAAGACGCACUGUAUACUGGGGAGGGCUGAGCAGGAUAGCAGUUUCUAACAUGCAGUUAACUGUUAGCAAAGAAGUUGCUUUUCUUUGCAGUGGGUGCAGCGGGGAGAAGCUGGGAGGAAAAUGUGACCUGCAAACUCAGUGCCAGAGGUGGUAAGCUCUGGUUUAUCACAUUCAGGUGAAUGUGCUUAAAUUGGAGGAUAAUUUCUGUUAAUGCAGAACUAUUUAGUUCAGAAAGAAUGUAGUUGUUUGACUCCUUUUGCCAACUUUUGGUUUUCAAAGUUAAUUCUGAGUUCAGUGUGAGACCAGAUCAGAACAGGUCAACUAGCUUUCCUCCCAUAUUAAAAUAUUUCUGUAUAGAUUUAUAAACUGUUUGUGAUUUGACUAAACCAAUGAGUUUUAUACGAUAGUGUCAUGGAGAGGAGCAGCACCCAAAUAUGUACUGUUGCUUUGCAGCUUCUGAGGAUAAGGAGAUGGGCCAGCCUAGGUUUUCAGCCUAAUAAUGAGACACUGUGUUGGGCCCCAUUCACAGUGUAUGCUCUAAUUCACAGCAAAGGCUCAGUUGAAUGGGAGAGGAGAGGACUAACUAGUACAGCCAAGAUCUCUUUUCUCUUGCACUGUAUGUGUUGCAGGAUGUUACUUGCAGAACCUGUCUGUAAGGGUGAGGGAGCAGCAUCCUGCCUUCUUUACUGGAUAGAAGCAGCCUGUGCCAUGACCGUUCCCAAAAACAAACUGUUUAUUUUGAUUUUGUAAUUGAUUGAAAGCAAAAGAUCUGUGUUCUAGGGUAAGUCACCAAAAUGCCAGAGUGCAAAGAGCACUGGAGAGAUUGGAUGUUUGCAUAAGGGGAGACAUGUUAACACAUGCACAGGGAAGGGUCUCUAAGUAGUAUGCAGGGGUAAUAUUGUGAGCCUCCCCAAGUACAAUGUACAAAACAGACCAAGCAAGAAAUCAUAGACUGUACAGUAAAAACUGUUUGAACUUAGUCCUUUUUUAACGUAACAUUAACAAGACUCUUUGUAAAUUGUUUUCCUUUCUGUGUAUAAAAUCCUGGCAGUUUCUUGUUUUUUACAUGUUCAUGCUGUGUAAUUUUGAGAUGUUACUGAGAUUCUGAACAUAAUGUGCUUUUUUUCUGUACAGAUGAAAUGGGAGAAUUUAAUAAAAAAAAAAAGUCUGCAGGUU